AUGACUCAAGAUUCCAAAGAAUCCCUCGGUACUCUUAAUGAUUACGUCCUUUUAGGACGUAGUGGGUUGAGAGUUUCACCUUUAUGCCUUGGCGCGUUGACUUUUGGGGAAAAAUGGGGAUUUGGCGUCAAUUUUGAGGAGAGUAAAGAGGUUUUUGAUCAUUAUUUUGAGCAAGGAGGAAACUUUAUUGAUACCGCAAAUUUAUACACUGGUGGUGAUAGUGAACGUUUUCUUGGGCAAUAUAUUGCUGAUAAACGUUCUCAAGUUGUUGUGGCAACUAAAUAUACACUGAAUCCGGUGAACCCCAAUGUCAAAUUUAAUGCAAACGGUGGUGGUAACCAUCGCAAGAGCCUUGUCGAGAAUCUUGAUGAAAGUUUGAAGCGUCUAAACACUGGCUAUGUCGAUCUCCUUUAUGUGCAUUUAUGGGAAUAUCGAACACCUAUCGAGGAAGUUAUGCGCGCUCUGGACGAUGCAGUCAGAAGUGGCAAAGUACUUUAUGUCGGGAUUAGUAACACUCCAUCUUGGGUGAUUAGUCGUGCAAAUACCAUUUCUGAAUUUCGAGGAUGGAGUCGAUUUAUUGCUUUACAAACUCGGUACAACUUAUUAAAUCGUACGUACGAAACGGAUUUGCAGCCUGCUUCUGCUGAACUUGGCAUUGGAACUGUUCCGUGGGGUUGUAUUGCUGAAGGAUUUCUUACCGGAAAAUAUACUAAAGAAUAUGUAGAAAAGUCAAAGAAAACUGGGGAGAAUAUUAGUAAUCGAAAGUCACUCCUUGAAUCAUUCGGAAUUGAAAAGAAUUGGGAAAUACUUGAGGAGGUUAAGAAGAUUUCUAAGGAAGUCAAUAGGAGUCCUGUUCAGGUGGCGUUAAAUUGGAUCGCUCAAAAACCUGGUAUCACUUCACCUUUAAUCGGUGCCAGAACAAAAACACAACUGGAUGAAAAUAUAAAAGCUCUUGAAUUCAAGUUGACUCCAGAACAAAUUAGCAGAUUAGAUUAUGUCUCUGAGCCCUCGAUACCGUUUCCACAAUCUUUUUAUAACUUUAUGAGUGAUAGUUUUAUCGGAAGUAAUAUUGAAGUUCCCGAAAGAUUCAGGCCCGUAUUAAAUCUUAAAUCAUCGAAACCGAUGACUUAA